CCAAUAACGAUCGGUUAUUGAUUAACGAUAACCGCUAGUAACAUGAAGGUAUGUUUAAACGGAAAGUGACAAAUAGUGCGAAACGUAAUGCUUGGAAGCUUAUUUACUUCCGCCAGUGAUUGUUUACUGUAGUUACUCAGGCGUUCAAACGAAAUAUUGUUUUAUUUAAGAACUGAAGUGUUAAAAUGAAGUCAAAUAAAUCGUCGGAUGUUUCAUAGUUGUAAUUUUUGCUGAAAGAAACUUGCUCAAAUCAGGGUGGAUAAUUGCUUCGGAUGACUUGCGACCAUUAGGGACAGUAAUGUCUAGUACGGAUUAAUGAGAGCAUGACGAUACAUCCAGCAAAUCGAAAAUUGCUCAUGAAUGUAAACUGCAACUUAGCCAAAGAUGUUCCGCGUGAACAAACAAGGACAAUUAUGACUAUACGCAUUUCAAAGACUUAUCAAACAGUUGUUAUUGCAAAUAUACUUUUCAUGAAUUUCUCAUCAGUGUUUCUUAUAGGUUUAUAUACAAAGUGAAAUGGAGGAAAAGUUCAGGACAAAAGUGGAACAGAACUGGCUAAAAUGUUGGAUUGCAAAGGAUACGAUUAGUGAAGUGCUAGCAGAAUUAGCCGACAUCAGAUUUAAAGCGUUUUAUACCCAUAUAAGAAAUGAUAUCUAUUCAAAUCACGGUAUUCUUCAAGCAGAGACAUGUAGUACAUGCAGUGACCCUUCAACACAAUGUAAUCUGUGUUCAAAAAUAGUUACUCGCAUUUGGAACUACCAUCGUUUUAAAAAAGCCCGAUUGAGAGGCCCGUCAUGGAAAAAUACGGAUAUAACCAAAUGGUGUACUGAAUCGUGGGAGCUAGCGAAGUGCUACAUGCCUCCCACGGGUUACAAAGAAAAGGCAAGUGCCGGAGAGACAGACUUCAAUGGAAUUAUUGGUGCCAUAUACAAUUGUUCAUGGAUGCAGAAUUAUUUUACAGAUGAUCUCAGUCAGGAAACUAACAUCUGCACAAAGGCACGAGAUGUAGUUAACGAACUACGGCAUACAAACGGCAUGAACAUAGAUGAUCGGGUUAUGUUCAGCUUCUUCGAUUGUCUGCUAAAUCUCCUUAAUGAUACAGCGUACCUGAAUAGCUUCCAGCCGGCAGUGGAUGCACGCACUUGCCUUAUUCGGCUGCAGCUAGACAAAAUGCCAUUGACUGAAAUGGAGGUAAAUGACACGUUGCAAAAACGCUAUAAAGACGAGGGGUUAGUGCUGGUGUCGAGGACUGAGUGGUACGCCCAAUCCUCCAAAGAAGCUGCACAAUAUAUGACGAUGCCAGUGAGCCACGUGUUCAUACACCAUACGACGAUGAAUGAGUGCUUCUCGCAAGAGAAAGGGGUCAUAGAGAUGCGCAAAAUACAACAUAUUCAUCAGGAUCUAAAUGGAUGGGCCGAUAUCGGUUACAACUUUGUGAUCGGACAGGACGGUAAGGUAUACAUGGGUCGAGGGUGGGAUCGCGUCGGGGCACACACAUUGGGCUGGAAUAAUAAAUCCAUUUCAUUUGCAUUCACGGGAAACUUUACGGAAACAUUGCCCACUGACGAUGCCUUGAAUGCUCUUGAGGCUGCACUUGUCCUUGGUGUAAAACUCGGUAAACUCACGCCCGACUUUAAGCUGCACGGUCACAGGGACGCAAGGCCGGAGACGAAGAGUCCAGGGCAGAAGCUGUACAAUCAGAUUUGUAAACAUAAACACUAUGAGCCUAUUGGACCGAACAUUGAAACUUUCUCUCCGCAAUCUCGUGUAUGACAUUUUAAUAUAUGUCAACUUUUUGUAUCGUUGUCUUGCACUUUUUUGUUCAUUGACAUUAUUUGUUUUUGUUAUUUUAGUAAUGUUUGCCUGAUAUAUAAACACAUUGUUUAGACUGUAUUGUAGAUUGAUCGUUAUCCCUCUCUUCCACAAUAUCUGUAUAUUAUGUGAAUGUAAAUUUUAUUUCAUGACAUUAGCUUUAUGUGUUUGUUAAUUAUACCAUAGAAAUGUGAAACUGUAAUUUCUAUAAAUAUAUUAAACUCAGUUCAUGUU